UCCUCAGUCGGCGGGAGAGCGUCGGAGGGGGAGGACGCGCGCGGGGUCUCUCCCCAUGGAGUAGGGAAGGCCGAGCCCGGCCGGCCGCCCCGAUGGCGCUGGUGACGGUGCAGCGCUCGCCCACCCCGAGCGCCACCUCCAGCCCCUGCGCUUCGGAGGCGGACAGUGGCGAAGAUGACCCCCGUUUCCAGCCCAGAAGCAUCAGCGAAAGCUUUCUCACCGUCAAAGGGGCCGCCCUCUUCCUGCCGCGCGGAAAUGGCUCCUCGACCCCCAGGAUCAGCCACCGGAGGAAUAAACACGCAGGAGACCUCCAGCAACACUUGCAAGCCAUGUUCAUGUUGCUCCGCCCGGAGGACAACAUCCGGCUGGCUGUCCGGCUGGAGAGCACCUACCAGAACCGCACCCGCUACAUGGUGGUGGUCUCCACCAAUGGUCGGCAGGACACUGAGGAGAGCAUUGUCCUGGGCAUGGACUUCUCUUCCAACGACAGCAGCGUGUGCACCAUGGGGUUGGUCCUGCCACUCUGGAGCGAUGCCCUCAUUCACUUGGAUGGCGACGGGGGCUUCAGUGUCUCCACUGAUAACCGGAUCCACAUCUUCAAGCCGGUGUCCGUGCAAGCCAUGUGGUCUGCCCUUCAGAGCCUGCACAAGGCCUGCGAAGUGGCCCGGAUCCACAACUACUACCCAGGCAGCCUCUUCCUCACCUGGGUCAGCUACUAUGAGAGCCACAUCAACUCGGACCAGUCCUCCGUCAACGAAUGGAACGCCAUGCAGGAUGUCCAGUCCCACCGGCCUGACUCGCCGGCCCUCUUCACCGACGUCCCCACAGAACGCGAACGAACAGAGCGCUUAAUCAAGACAAAGCUGCGGGAGAUUAUGAUGCAGAAGGACCUGGAGAACAUCACGUCGAAGGAGAUCCGAACAGAGCUGGAGAUGCAGAUGGCCUGCAACCUGAGAGAGUUCAAGGAGUUCAUCGACAAUGAGAUGAUCGUCAUCCUGGGACAGAUGGAUAGCCCCACCCAGAUCUUCGACCAUGUCUUUCUGGGUUCAGAGUGGAACGCCUCAAACUUGGAAGACCUGCAGAACCGAGGGAUACGCUACAUACUGAACGUCACCCGCGAGAUUGAUAACUUCUUCCCUGGGGUUUUCGAAUACCACAACAUCCGCGUUUAUGACGAGGAGGCAACGGACCUGCUGGCCUACUGGAACGACACCUACAAGUUCAUCUCCAAAGCAAAAAAGAACGGAUCCAAGUGCCUGGUUCACUGCAAGAUGGGGGUCAGCCGCUCGGCCUCCACAGUGAUCGCGUACGCCAUGAAGGAAUACGGCUGGAACCUCGACCGGGCCUACGAUUACGUGAAGGAGCGCCGGACCGUCACCAAGCCCAACCCCAGCUUCAUGAGGCAGCUGGAAGAAUACCAAGGCAUCCUCUUGGCCAGCAAGCAGAGGCACAACAAGUUGUGGCGCUCGCACUCGGACAGCGAUCUCUCCGACCACCAUGAGCCCAUGGGCAAAUCUGGGAUGGAGGUCAGCAAGAAGGAGAUCACGACCUCGGCCGACCAGAUCUCGGAGAACAAGAUCUCCAAUUGCCUCCAACACGCGCCAACGUUGCCGGGCCUCCCCGCCGGGCCUCCCCUUGAACCCCUGUGCCAUUCCGGCCCCAAUCUCUUAGGAAACCUGUGCAACAAGGAGCGGGUGAUCCAGCUGGAGAUAUCGUCGCGAGACUACAACACCGAGCAGAUGGAGGACAAGUUGAACUUGAACAACCUCAACGGCUGCCCUUCCGGGUGUUGCGUGGACGACGCUCCGUUCCCUUUGGACAAUUGCGAUGCGUCGGAUGCCUUACUGCAGCAAGGAGGGGCCUUGGAGGUGGGCGCCGGAUUCCCGGACUUGGCGGUAGAGGAUUUGGAAAGCGACGCCCUCAAGCAAGGAGACGGGAACGUUCACUUGAUGCCCAUGGAAGAGCUGGAGUCUUGCUUGCGAGACGUUUCCGGACAGAACUCUCCCAGCCCGCCAACGCUGGCCAUUGUGCCGACGCAACCCGAGGGGCAGGAGGCUGACUUUGGGGCCGACCGGAUCGACUUCUUCAGCGCCUUGGAGAAGUUUGUGGAGCUCUCUCAGGAGAGCCGGCCCCGAGCGUGCUCCCAUUCCAGGACGGAGGAGCAAGUCGGCAACCGGAACGGCCUCUCCAGGAUCUCUGCCUUGGAGCUGUCGCCCUCGGAAGCCACGGAAGAGGCUCGGCCAAGAAACAACUCUGCAGGAAACUCCCCACAGGCAUCGGAGGAAUCUUCUCUGGAGGACGACCAGCUAAAGGUUUGUGGCCUGACGCGAUCCCAUUCGGAAAACGCCAUCUCGGUGAAAGAAAUAGUCACGGAAAUUGAGUCGAUCCACCAGGGAGCAGGCCAAGCGAAGACGGAUGCUUUGAACAACCCGGUUCCAGCACCAAAGAGAAACACCGUCCACGAGUUAUCUGCAGAAUCGGUCUGGGCCUGGGAAGGCAAGCCUGGGAAAGCCGAGCCAAGCGAGGGAGGCGGCUCCGUCCCCAAAGAAGUGGCGAGAGACUUGCCUUUGAAACUCGAUCAAGAGCCGGUUAUUGUCCCUCAGGAUCCUUCCAACAAGCCAGACCCGGAAGAAAGCGGUGACUUGGCAGAAGGCCGGGCGGAGGGUCACGUCAAUCCUGGACCGAAAUGGUGCCCAGGUUCAGUACGGCGGGCCACCCUUGAGUUCGAAGAGCGCUUGAGGCAGGAGCAAGAGCUGCAGAACGCUUGCCCCGCUGCCGCCUUACCCACCCGGAAGAACUCGAAGAACGAGUCCACGGCAGCCGACCUCUCUGCGAAGGGCAAGAAUGAAGAGCCCUCUCCGGAACAGACCCAGCUCUCCAAGGAGGCCUCGAGAGCUGCCAAUGCUGGGAACGGGAGUCGUUCUGAACAGUCCACCGAAAGGCCUUCCUCUCCUUCGCUAUCCGCUGAGCUGACAUGGUUGGCCAAAGAGCAGAGGACGAUGGCUUCUGUGGAAAGCCAGGAGAAGAGCUCGGCUCCUUGCCGCCUACUCCUCCCCAAAAGGAUCGAGAUCAUCGAGUACACCCACGCGGUCAGGACCCUGGACGUAACCACGGCGGACAGGAGUGGCGUGCAAGAGGCGUUGGAGAAAAACAAGGUGGGGGCAAUCUCCCCGGUGGUGGAUGAAAACUGCAAUGCGGCCUCGUGCUCCCAGGAUCUCAUCGAAGCAUCGCUUUCGCUCAGACCUUCCGAGCUCAACAGUGGGAAUCCGAGGAAAGCCGUCUUCUCCUUGAGUAGUCCUGAGGAGCAAGUGGAGGAGGAGAAGACUCUGGGUAUGGCUUCUUCGUGCACAAAGCAGGCAAGAUGUCCACCCGUGCUGUGUUGGGACUGCCCGCCCCUCUUCCGCUUGGAGGGCGUCACUCAGGACAGCUCGAGCUCGGAUCCCGACCCAACGCCCCGGAAGGGUUAUGCCGGGAACGGACAGUUUGCCUUCAAGGAGAGAGGAGGUGCGCUACGCCGGGGGAGCGAGGGCACCUUGACGCACUGGAGCCAAGAGGACUUCGUUUCGCCUCGCACGUUGGGAGCCAUGGCGGCGGGGCGGCCCCCGGAAGGAUCCGCAUCCGCCACCUCCCCGCUUUGCCUCCCCCUGCCCCGCAGAUUUAGCGGUGGCGAUCUCAAAGGCCCCAAGCGCCACGCCAAGGAGUUGGGCACCCGGGUCCGGCAAGCAGGCCUCACCGCCCCGUCCCACAUGAAGCGCUCCGCCUCCUUGGCCAAGCUGGAUCGCCUGAACUUGUCGAAAGAUGACUUGCCCGGGAGAGACGCUCUCCCGGCGUUGGGGCGUGGGGAUCCCAGCUCUUCCGCCCCGGCGCCCGCCCCCUUGUCGCCCCAACCCACAGUGCAUUUAGUGGAACCGCUCAAACUGACGGAGCGCAUUGCUCUGAGCAGCCCGGUGGAGAGGCCUUUGGUCCAAUACACCAAAGAGUUCAAUCCUGCCCAGGCACUCCCAGACGCCAAAUUGACUAGCACCCAAACGGCUGCAAUGCCCUCGGUAUCCGCGGCUGUCCCGGCCCUCCCUCGGUAUCCACACAGUCGAACUCGACCUCCGAGAAGACCGCGGAAAGCGAGCGACCGCAAGCGUACCACCAACCCACUGUACAAUACCAUGUGAACUUGGGUCCUCUUUCUCCUUCCCCCCAAAUUUUGGCAACCUCCUUGUUAUGUUCUUCAAAUGGGGCAGAUGUAAUAUAUAUUGAGACAUGCACUUUAUUAGUUAGGAUAAUUUUUUUAUAUUUCUCCCCCUCCCCCCCCCCCCCAUAUAUAUAUGUUUGUUCAUUUUUACCGUUCUUGUUGCAUGUAGAUUUCGAGGUGGCCAGUUUCAUCGUGGUGUCCCCUCUUCUUCCCCAUGCAAGCGACUGCAAUAUCACAGGGUUUCAA